GAAGACUAUUAUGGCAAGAUAUCUUUCUAUAUAAACUCUCCCUUCAUAAAUCAUACAUACUACCUAUUUAUCUACUCUACACCUCCUCUUUCAUAAUACCACUAUUUUCUCUUCUUAAUUCCUCUCUUUUUUCCACUUUCUCUAAUCCAAGAACAACAAAAUGCCCGCAGGAGGAUUUGUAACGCAAGGGGGUAAAGAAUACCCCGGAAAACUCACCCCUUAUGUUCUAGCAACAUGCAUUGUUGCUGCCAUGGGUGGUCUCAUCUUUGGUUAUGAUAUCGGAAUUUCAGGUGGAGUUACAUCUAUGCCUGAUUUCUUGAAGAAGUUUUUCCCAUCAGUAUACAGAAAAGAAGCACUAGAUAAAUCAGUAAAUCAAUAUUGCAAAUUUGAUAGUGUAACAUUAACAUUGUUCACAUCAUCUUUGUAUGUUGCUGCUUUAGUGGCUUCACUUGUGGCUUCAGUUGUUACUAGAAAAUUGGGUAGAAAAUUAUCCAUGUUAUUUGGAGGUCUACUUUUUUGUGUUGGUGCCAUAAUCAAUGCUUUAGCUAAAGAUGUUGCCAUGCUUAUUGUUGGUCGAAUUUUGCUUGGUUUUGGUGUUGGAUUCGCCAAUCAGUCUGUACCACUAUACUUAUCAGAAAUGGCACCAUACAAGUACAGAGGAUCACUCAACAUUGGCUUUCAACUCUCCAUUACAAUAGGCAUCUUAAUAGCCAAUGUUCUAAAUUACUUCUUCGCCAAAAUUCACGAUUGGGGUUGGAGAUUAAGUUUAGGAGGUGCAAUGGUUCCUGCUAUAAUCAUCAGUAUUGGUUCCUUACUUCUCCCUGACACUCCUAACUCAAUGAUCGAGCGUGGUAAACGUGAUGAAGCCUUGCUUAAACUUAAAAGAGUUCGCGGAGUAGAUGAUGUUGAAGACGAGUUUAAUGACUUAGUAGUAGCAAGUGAAAACUCUAAGAAGGUUGAACAUCCAUGGAGAAACUUAUUGCAAAGGAAGUAUAGGCCUCAUCUUACUAUGGCUAUUGCAAUACCAUUCUUUCAACAACUUACUGGGAUUAAUGUGAUCAUGUUUUAUGCUCCUGUGUUGUUUAAGACUAUUGGUUUUGGAGAUAAUGCUUCACUUAUGUCUGCUGUUAUUACUGGUGGUGUUAAUGUUUUGGCUACUAUGGUUUCUAUUUAUGGUGUUGAUAAAUGGGGUCGUAGGUUCCUUUUCCUUGAAGGUGGUGUUCAAAUGUUCAUUUGCCAGGUAGUUGUAGCCAUCUUCAUUGGAGUGAAAUUUGGAGUAAGUGGAACAGCAGAAAAUCUCCCAGAAUGGUAUGCCAUAGUGGUGGUGCUUUUCAUAUGCAUCUACGUCUCGGCCUUUGCAUGGUCAUGGGGUCCAUUAGGGUGGUUAGUACCCUCUGAAAUCUUCCCAUUAGAGAUCAGGUCUGCAGCUCAAAGUAUUAAUGUAUCUGUCAACAUGUUCUUCACCUUUGUAAUAGCCCAAAUUUUCCUAACUAUGCUCUGCCAUCUCAAAUUCGGGCUCUUCCUCUUCUUCGCCUUCUUCGUCGUGGUUAUGUCUAUCUUCGUCUACCUAUUUCUCCCGGAGACUAAGGGUGUUCCCAUUGAAGAAAUGAGCAUUGUGUGGAAGAACCAUUGGUUUUGGGGCAAGUACAUUCCUGAUGAAGAUUUACCACAUGGUGCUUCUACUCUUGAAAUGGGAAAGAAUAAUAACAAUGUGAUGCCUUCUAAGAGUGUUUAUUGAAGAUUUUUCACUAAGAUUAAAGGAUUAUAAUUGGUUUUAGCUGAAAAUCUGGUAGAAAAGAUACACAGAAUUGUAUUUAUUUCAUUAGAUUAGCUCUUGUUAUUACUUGUUUAUGGAAUUAAUGGUUAUGUUAUUUCAUUAGAUUGCCACUUUUUAUGGGAACAUUUGAAAUUUAUGAUUCGAUAUGAACUAAUGGCUAUAGCUUGUAAGAGUGGUAUUCAAAUAGAGUAUAUACUUGAUUGUUUUAACA